UCGGUCUUCCGCCGGCGAAGGGCGGCCGCGGCGCGGAGGCGUCUGCAGGCGCGCUGCUACCGCGCGCUUCUCCCGCCCCCUCGUCGUCGCCCGCUCGCCCCGAGCUACAGGCGGCAAGAUGGCGGCGCCCAGGCCGCCCCCCGCCCGGCUGUCCGGCGUCAUGGUGCCCGCGCCCAUCCAGGACCUGGAGGCUCUCCGCGCGCUGACGGCGCUCUUCAAAGAGCAGCGGAAUCGAGAAACCGCGCCCAGGACUAUCUUCCAAAGAGUCCUGGAUAUCUUAAAGAAGUCUUCUCAUGCUGUUGAGCUGGCCUGCAGAGAUCCAUCCCAAGUGGAGCAUCUGGCUUCCAGUCUGCAGUUAAUAACAGAAUGCUUCAGGUGUCUCCGAAAUGCUUGCAUAGAGUGUUCUGUGAACCAAAAUUCAAUCAGGAACUUGGAUACAAUUGGUGUGGCUGUUGACUUGAUUCUUCUCUUUCGUGAACUUCGAGUGGAGCAGGAAGCCCUCUUGACAGCUUUCCGUUGUGGCCUGCAGUUUGUAGGCAACAUUGCCUCUCGGAAUGAAGAUUCCCAGUCUAUUGUCUGGGUGCAUGCUUUCCCAGAACUCUUCUUGUCUUGCUUAAAUCAUCCAGACAAAAAAAUUGUUGCCUACUCAUCGAUGAUUUUGUUCACAUCACUUAAUUCUGAAAGAAUGAAAGAACUGGAAGAAAACCUCAAUAUUGCAAUUAAUGUCAUAGAAGCUCACCAAAAGCAGCCUGAGUCAGAAUGGCCGUUCUUGAUUAUUACAGAUCAUUUUCUGAAAAGCCCGGAAUUGGUAAAAGCCAUGUAUGCCAAAAUGAGCAAUCAAGAAAGGGUUACAUUGUUAGACCUUAUAAUAGCCAAAAUAGUAGGUGAUGAGCCGCUAACCAAGGAUGACAUCCCUGUGUUUCUGAGCCAUGCUGAGUUGAUUGCAAGCACUUUUGUGGAUCAGUGCAAAAUUGUGCUAAAACUGACCUCCGAGCAGCAUGCUGACGAUGAGGAGGCACUGGCUACAAUUAGGCUUCUUGAUGUCCUGUGUGAGAUGACUGCUAAUACCGAUUUGCUCAGCUAUCUGCAGGUUUUUCCUGGUUUGCUGGAAAGAGUGAUUGACCUUUUACGACUGAUUCACGUAGCUGGCAAUGACACCACAAAUGUCUUCAGCACCUGUGGGUGCAUAAAAGGGGAAGGUCACGUCUCCAACAUGGCCGAGGGGUUUAAGUCUCAUCUCAUUCGUCUGAUUGGAAAUCUGUGUUACAAGAAUAAAGAUAACCAAGACAAGGUAAAUGAACUGGAUGGCAUUCCCUUGAUCCUGGACAGCUGCAGCAUCGAUGACAGUAACCCCUUUCUGACCCAGUGGGCAGUGUAUGCCAUCCGAAACCUCACGGAAGACAACAGCCAGAACCAAGACCUGAUCGCAGAGAUGGAGGAGCAGGGGCUGGCAGACGCAUCCCUCCUUAAGAAAAUGGGUUUUGAAGUUGAAAAGAGGGGUGACAAGCUGAUUCUGAAGCCUACUGAGGACACCCCUCAGCUGUGAAUGAACACUCUCCAUCCAAAUAUCUGAAAUCCUGGAAUCUGUUUCGUGGAUUUUUCAUCCUCUGCAGUGUGUGAAAUCGCAAGUGUUUCAAGAUUUUUUAGUUACAAAUCCAGGAACACAUGGAACCUUUUAGGUUAUAGCGUUAAAUGAAUAAGCUUAAAAGUGAAAGUACAUGAGUAUUCUGUUGUUUCUUUGCUUUAAAAAUGUGACCGUCUGGUUUGCCUCUGUCCUCAUGAUACAAUGUGCAUUUACGUGUAACAUACUGUACUCACCGGCAGCAAAUAAAUCCUCUCAGUUGAGGGCACAUCCCUCACUUGGCAAAGACUCGGAA